AAUUGCCAUAGUUACAUGUAAUGCACAUUUCAGUUAGAAACCAAAAGUAGAAUCAAGUUCUGAAUGUAUAGUUCAAUAGUUAGUUUUGUCGUUUUGUGCUUUUUGGCGAGCUUCUGCUUCGCCGCAAAACCAUGUCAGGAAGGACCGCCAGUCAAUAAGAGCCCCUUGGAGUGUUGUCCAACGCCUUCUUUGAUCGAGCAAAAGCUGAUGAUGACAUGCUUCAAAAAAUGGGGAGAACAAACCAUACGGCAAUCAAUGAUGGAAGGAAUUCCUCGUGGAUGUUGUGUGGCAGAUUGCGCCAUGGCUGGCACCAAGCUAAUUUCGGACGGAAAAUUCAAUCGUGAAAAAGCUCGCCAAGUCUUCAUGGCAGCAGUUAAGGACCAACCACAGUGGCAACCGAUAGUCAGCGAAACCCUCGACGAGUGCCUGAAACAAGCCGACGAAAACAUGGCCGAAAUUGAAGCCGGUGCCAAGCUGAAACCAAGCUACAAAGGGGAAAAGAUUUGCCACCCAAUAUCUGGAAGCAUCCUUCGCUGUUUGAACAUGAAAUUGUUCUCCAAAUGCCCGAAUGAUUUGUUCCGUUCCGGACCGGAGUGCGAUCAACUGAGAAUCUACCAUGAAAAAUGUCCAUUGAAUUAGUCACAUUUCACAUUCACAAAUAGUCGCUGCUGUAUCACCGAGCACAUGUCAAGCACCAAAAUGAGUCAAACGGCAAUAAACGAUUCUAAACAAUCACAUGUUGAAACUGAAA